AUAAUACUUGUAUGGUCAAAUCCAUGAAAAAAGAGAAGAAAAAAUCUAGGCCAACGCCAGAGUGUUUGUUGUGCAAUUCCAAUAAAGAAAAGCUUUUCACCAUUUGUGAAACCAAUAAGCCCUUUUCCCUCUUUUUCUCUCUCCCAUUUCCACUCUGUACUGUCGUCGUCGCCUGUAACAGAAUAUGACGGCCGGCACCGGCGGUGGAGGAUCAUCAGGAAGAUUACCGACGUGGAAGGAGAGGGAAAACAAUAAGAGAAGAGAGAGGAGAAGAAGAGCUAUUGCCGCCAAAAUAUUUACUGGGUUACGAACUCAAGGUAACUUCAAACUUCCAAAACACUGCGAUAAUAACGAGGUCUUGAAAGCUCUCUGUAUUGAAGCUGGUUGGAUCGUUGAAGAUGAUGGCACCACUUAUCGCAAGGGAUACAUGCCUCCACCAAUUGAAAAUGGAUGUGCCUCUAUGAAUAUCAGUGCAUGUUCAUCGAUUCAGCCUAGCCCAAUGUCAUCCUCUUUCCCCAGUCCUGUACCUUCUUACCAUGCCAGCCCAACAUCAUCGUCAUUCCCUAGCCCCUCCCGUUGUGACGGGAAUCCCUCAUCAUACAUCCUUCCAUUUCUCCAUAACUUAGCUUCCAUUCCCUCUACUCUGCCACCUCUUCGUAUAUCUAAUAGUGCCCCUGUUACCCCACCUCUUUCUUCUCCUACCCGAGGUUCAAAGCCCCCCAAACCUAUCUGGGAAUCCCUCUCCAGGUUUCCAUUGCAUUCUUUCCAGCACCCACUUUUUGCUGCUUCUGCACCAUCAAGUCCCACUCGACGCCGAUACUCUAAGCCUGCUACAAUUCCAGAAUGUGAUGAGUCUGAUGUCGCCUCAGUUGAAUCUGCACGCUGGGUCAGCUUCCAGACCGUGGCAGCUCCAACUUCGCCUACUUUUAACCUUGUAAAACCUCUUCCUCAGCCGAACAUUCUCUUAGAUGCCUUAAGUGGGCAUGGAAUGUUUGGCUGGGGCGAAGCAGCAGCUCAAAAGGGACAUGGCGCUGAAUUUGAUUUUGAGAGCUGUAAAGUGAAGGCAUGGGAAGGUGAGAGAAUACAUGAAGUUGCUGUGGAUGAUCUAGAGCUCACUCUUGGUAGUGCAAAAGCACGUGCUUAAGCUCCUUAAUGAGAUGAUUCUGAUAAAGGAUUAGAAUAGGAUGAGCUUAAUUAUUGAAAAAAAGGAAUAUGGAUGACCUUAUUCCAUAUCUGCAACGUUGCAAUUUGCACGUGGUUCACCACAUCAAUUGUGCACUAUAAGUCGUAUUGAGCCCCAACUACGUGGAUCUCAUUUGUAAAUUCUCUUACUAUACACCUGAGAAGUUGAAUUUGAUCAUGUGAUUUCUUGUUGUCUCUACUGUAUAGUUCUCUAACAAGUGAUCACCAUAUGAAGCUAAGAUGUUCAUUGAAUUGAGCAGCUCGUUGGGCUAGAUGUGUCCAGAGAGAAUUGUGAAGUCAAACUGAUGAAAUGAAGCAAUGGUUUCCUGUUUACUUUAGAGCUGCUCUUACAGUAUAGUUAUGUCUUUAAGUAAUGAACUCAUAGAUCCUGUGUGUUUGUUUUUGUCUGGGUUUGCAAGACCCUCAUAUGACAUUGUAAUGUAGAAAAGUGCGGCGAAUCAUGGGGAGAACACCCAUUACUACUAGUUGUUAAACUUUUGAAGGUCACAUUGAAUUAGAGCUUAGCUUUUUAUGUGGAUUUUCUUCUCA